GUGUCAGAGUUGACGUAUCCUGCGUGUGAUGAAUUGCACUUCCCCAAAAGCCGUUCAAGCAGACGAGCAAAGAGCUUCAAACAAACGAGGGUGUGUUUUUACAUGUGGAACAAACACCACGGGACACUUGGAUCAUUUAUGGCUGGCGAAAGGAGGUGCUUGGCUUAUGAUAUAAACUGUCCUGCGGUUCUGGUGGGGCAGGUUUGGAAGGUGAAGUCACCAUGCGGACCCUCUUGGUUGUUUGCAGCGUCGUCAUCCUGCACGGCGUGCGAGGCGAUGGGGACCUCAGUGACGGCCGACUGUACACGACAGCAGCUCAGGCCUCGUGCCGCUACAGCUGUGGCAGUCACAUGGGAAGCUGUUCCUGCUCCAGCUCGUGCCAGUACUACGGCAACUGCUGCCGAGACUACAACUAUUACUGCAGUAACACGACUCCGCAACCACGGACCACAGCCCAGGCCUCGUGUCGCUACAACUGUGGCUGGAACGUGGGAAGCUGUUCCUGCUCCAACUCGUGCCGGUACUACGGCAACUGCUGCCGAGACUACAACUAUUACUGCAGUAACACGACUCCGCAACCACAGACCACAGCCCAGGCCUCGUGCCGCUACAGCUGUGGCAGUCACAUGGGAAGCUGUUCCUGCUCCAGCUCGUGCCAGUACUACGGCAACUGCUGCCGAGACUACACCUAUUACUGCAGGAACACGACUCCGCAACCACAGACCACAGCCCAGGCCUCGUGUCGCUACAACUGCGGCAGUCACAUGGGAAGCUGUUCCUGCUCCAGCUCGUGCCAGUACUACGGCAACUGCUGCAGAGACUUCAACUAUUACUGCCACGCGGGGACAUCACAGCCGUGGACCACAGGUAUGCCAUCCUGUCGCUACAACUGUGGCAGGAACAUGGGAAGCUGUUCCUGCUCCAAUUCCUGCCAGUACUAUGGCAACUGUUGCCCUGACUACUACGCCCACUGCUCCUCCACAAGUGCCAUGCCAACCACAGAGGGGCCUUGCGGAGGUUCCAUGUUUGGCUCAGGUGCCUUCUCCAGUCCCAGGCACCCCGAUGACUACCACAACAACGCCUACUGCGUGUGGCACCUCAGAUCUUUGCUCAACCAAAGGGUCUUGCUGGAAUUCUCAUACCUGCAAUUGCAGAGCUGCUGCAGCUGUGACUACGUUUCAAUCUACGAUGGUCCAUCCGUCAACUCGCCAUACUUGGGAAAAGUGUGCAACGACAACAACAACAACAACGACAGCUUCAAUUUUUUCUACUCGACCUCCAACCACAUGACCGUGGUUUUCCGGAGCGACGGUUCGGUGGUCGGGAGAGGAUUCCGUGCAGAGUUCACAAGCGCUCUGCCCCAGGACUCGGGUCAAGUCAACUGCUCCUCGGAUGACAUGAACAUUGUGAUUGGGCGGAAGUACCUGAACUCGUUGGGCUACGACGGCCACAAUCUCUACCUCAAGGAUCAGUACUGUAGACCCGAAGUUUUUCAAGAGAAGGUGGUCUUCAACUUCCCCGUCAAUCGAUGCGGCACCAGUCGAAAGUUUGAGAACGGCAAGGUGGUGUACACCAACACGCUGCGCGGCUACACGUCGAGCUACGGAGACAUCACUCGCAAGGCCAACUUAAAAAUCGAGGUGGUGUGUCGGAUGGAUCGAUACGCGGCGGCGCAGAUUAUGUACCUGGCGCAGAAUCACGACAACACCAGCAUCACUGGCACGGGGACGUUCAACACCUCCAUGGACUUCUACACCAGCAGCAGCUUCUACUAUAAGGUGACGGAAUUCCCAUACAAGGUUUCUCUCAACCAGGACCUCUACGUCCAGGUGGACCUGAGGAGCAGUAUGGCCAACUAUCUGGAUAUUUUCCUCGAUACCUGCGUGGCCUCCCCAUCCUCCGAUGACUUCCACACGACAACCUACUUCCUGGUGCGCAACGGGUGUCCCGUGGAUAACACGUACCAGUCGUACGUCAGCGGCAGGAAGCGCAGGAAAAGAGACGCGGGCGCCAGACACAGGAGCCAGAUUCUCGUCUUGGGUCCCAUCCAGCUUCUCGACCCUGACAAAAAGGAAAAGGGCUCCGCAAAGGAGGACGCCGGUUGACAAGAUCAUCCACACUUGUACUACAAAUCAGAAUCGCAAAUCAAACAUACUCACCUUUGAUUAAAAGCCGCAAGAAAGACAA